AUGUUGUUAAGAAAUACCAGUAGAUUUGCUUUGCGCAGUAAUAAGUUGUAUGCUUCGAAGGUACCUAGGUUCUUUUCUCAGACCGCAUUGAGGUUCAAUGAAUCCAAGCCAACAUUGGAUGACAAAUCUUCGAGUAAUGACGUUCCUAAGAAAAGAGAACUCUCUAGAAUUGCUAUUGGAUCGCAAUCCUCCUCAAAGAAAUAUGCUAAAUCAACGUCAAUCGAAUUUGCUGCAUGGAAGGCAGUAGUCCUCUUCAUCGGUGUUGGUGGUGUCAUGACGUAUUUCUUCAACCAGGAAAAGGAAAGAUUGCGUCUUCAAAAGGAAGUUGAGCUGAAAAGAUCGUACGGGAAACCCUUGAUUGGUGGACCAUUUGACUUAAUAGACACUGAAGGAAAGCAAUUUACUCAUAAGAACUUGCUUAGUGAUGAUAGACGGUUCUCCAUCAUUUACUUUGGGUUCACUCACUGUCCUGAUAUCUGUCCUGAUGAGUUGGAUAAGCUUGGAGAAAUGCUUGAAGAAUUGAAAAGUAAGGACAACAUCACUUUACAGCCAAUAUUUAUCACUUGUGAUCCUGCUAGAGAUACCCCCGAGGUCAUUAAGGAGUACUUAACGGACUUCCAUUCGUCCAUUAUAGGAUUGACUGGCUCUUACGAAAAUGUGAAGAAGGCAUGUAAGCAGUAUCGUGUUUAUUUCUCUACUCCGCCGGAUGUUAAACCGGGGCAAGAUUACUUGGUCGAUCAUUCUAUUUUCUUCUACCUUAUGGAUUCAGAGGGAAACUUUGUCGAUGUCAUUGGAAAGGAGGUUGAUGCCACCCAAGGUGCUGAAAAGAUUAGGAAGCAUGUCGAUGCGUUCUUACCUGAAGCUGAGAGAGAAAAGAGAAAAUCCGGAUGGUUGAGCUUCCUCUACAAGUAA